CAGUAAUUGGUUAGGCUUCCAAUUUCUAAAUUAACUUUCUCGAUUGCAGUGUUUUUUGUAUACCUCUUCAAUCAACAUCAACCUCUUGAAGUUGCUUCCUCUUUUCUUAACUAUCUUUCAAGUAAACUCGUAUAAUGGCUGAUGAGGAGGAUCCAUGGGGUUUCGAUGAGGGUGAUAGUGAGCCAGCCGCUGCCCCUGCUCCUGCCGCUGCCGCUGCCCCUGCCGCAGAUGCAGGUGCUGCCCCUGCCGCGGGUGGUGGUGAGAGCGCCCCAACAGGCGGCGAAACUGAAGCAGCUGCCGCCGAAGAAGAAUUGGCACCGCCACCACCGCCGCCAGAAGACGAUGGGUACCGAAAGCCCGUGCAACUAUAUCGUCACUGGGUGAGACCACAAUUCUUGCAGUAUAAAUACAUGUACAACUACAGAACAAACUACUAUGAUGACGUAAUUGAUUACUUGGAUAAGAAGCAGGUUGGCGUUUCAAGGGAAAUACCGCGCGCACAAACUUGGGCUGAACGCGUGCUCAGAACAAGCAACGCUAGUGGACGCGACCUUGACUCAUACACAUGUUCAAGCAAAAGGGAUAAGCAUCUUGUUCAAACUCUGGCUGCCUCGAUUCGUACUCAUAAUUAUCACACCAAAGCUUAUAUUAACCAAAAAUAUGCAAAUGUUCUAUAAAUAAAUACAAUACCUAUCUAUAAAUAUGAAUACCAACUAAAAAGUUAGUUAAAAUUGUAGUACAAUUUAAUUAUAAGGAGAUGAUUACCUAAUUACGUUCUAAUAAACAAUAAAGUGGGAGCUUGUCGCUAUAAUACUCUUUUGAUAAA